UUCACGUUGCAUUGCCCCUCACCUGCAACGAUAUAAAAAGUAUUUCAGGAAGGUUCUUUCAGGAAUCGUGGUAAAGUUACCAGAAAAAAAUGGGGAAACGCGUUGCUGUAGUGCUGGCCGGCUGCGGAGUUUAUGACGGCACUGAAAUACACGAAGCGUCCGCUGUUUUGGUCCACCUCAGUAGAUUUGGUGCAAGUGUGAAGAUGUUCGCUCCAAAUGUGGAUCAGAUGCACGUUGUGGACCACCUGAAGGGUGCGCCCACUGAGGAGAAACGAAAUGUGUUAGUAGAGAGCGCGAGGCUGGCACGCGGAGAGAUAAAAGACCUUUCGGAACUCAGUGUGAAGGAGCACGAUGCCAUCAUAUUCCCAGGUGGCUUUGGAGCAGCUAAGAACCUGUGCAGCUGGGCCGUGCAGGGGAAGGACUGCACUGUGAACGACCAGGUGAAGGCCACCAUGCAGGAGUUCCAUGCUGAGGGAAAACCCAUCGGUUUGUGCUGUAUCUCACCAGUGCUGGCCGCCAAGGUCUUCCCAGGCUGUGAGGUCACUGUCGGCCAUGAGAAGGACGAGAGGUCCCCAGAUGUCCCAGGCACUGCAGAGGCGAUCACUCAGCUGGGCUGUAAGCACGUGAGUAAGAGUGUCAGUGAGACCCACGUGGAUGAGAAAAACAAGCUGGUCACCACCUGUGCCUUCAUGUGCAAGGCCCCCCUCCAUGAGAUCUUUGAUGGUAUUGGAGCUAUGGUGCAGGAUGUGCUGAAGCUUGCCUGAGAGCCCUGACAGAUGUCAGUAUGAUCUGAUCAUGAGUCCCCAAGCCUAUAGAAGAUGUAGCUUCUCCUGUAUGUGUGCCUAUAACAAUAAAUGCUUUCUGUUUGUG